AUGGAGUCGCGGGCGGCGCGGGGCUUGGCGCCGGCCUCCGCGGCCUUCUACGCGCGCCUGAUCCCGCAGACGAGCGACGAGGAGCAAGUGGCGGCGGCGCUGGCCGCGCUGGAGACGCCGGGCGAGGGCAUGUCGCCCACUAAACGAUCGCGCAACCACGCCGUGUCGGCCGCGCGCACGCUGCGCAACGCGGUGCUCAAGGAGGCGCGCUUCUACCGCGUGCUGGAGGAGGCCAAGCUGUACUCCAUCGACUUCGGCGGGCUGCAGGCGGGCGACGGCGACCAAGACGGCGGCGGCGACGACCAGGACGCGGAGAUCGACGACAUGCGGCGGCGGGCCACGUCCCUCGCCGAGAGCGACUACAAGGUCGUGCGCAUCCAGGAGCUGGCCAAGCCCAGCAGCGGCCGCACGUCUUCGGCCAGGAGCCGCCAGCAGAUGAUGCAACAAGAACGCAAUGCGUACAGUGUCAUGAAAAUGCCGGAGGAGGUGGUGGCCAGCAGCGGGCGUCUGCAGUGUCUCUUCGGGGCGUCGAACGCGCCCACGUGGUUCAUCCGCCUGGCGCACGUCGAGAACGCGUUCAUGACGCUGUCCACCAAGGAGCCGAGCAAGACGGCGGAGGCGGGCGCGGCCACGGAGAAGCACUUCCUGGAGCUGCUGCCGGAGAACGAGAAGGCCAUCGUGGCCAAGGGCCGCUUCUACUACCGCGUGCUGGUGCCGAUCGAGCUGCGGAAAGCGCCCGAUCUUUUGGCGCCCGUGAUCUCGAGGCACGUGUUCAAGAACGCAGAGGAGAUCAUCGAGUGCCACGAGACCUACCGCUGCCCGCAGAGCGGCGUGACGUUCGUCAAGCUGGCGUACGAGGACGGCUGGUUGUUUGAGACGCUGAACUCGGGGAUUAAGGUGCUGGAGAGGCUCGCCACGGAGCCGGACAUUGAGUACGGUCACUUCUUUUACGUGGUGAAGAUUCCAGUGGGCAUUCGCGUGGCGCCGCACAUUAUGGCGCAGCGCUCGGGCAAAGGAUUCAAGCUGCACUCGAUUGUCGAAGCGUCCCAGCGAUUUACCCCACCAGGCAGCAAGAUCACAGUCACGCAGGAAGCGCGUCAAGUCCGAAGUCUAUGGCCCGGAAGUAUAGCGCUGGAGGAGGAGGGGGUGAUAGCGACGAAAACCAUGGACGGACAGGUAGUGCUGGAGCCGAUGGCUGAGCCCAAGGUGCGACAGGUGGAGCGACUCUUUUAUCGUGUGUUGGAGGACGCUGAUGUGCUGCCCACGCCAGCAGGCGGGAAGAGGCUCGCAAUUUCGAGCUCGUCGGCCCCCUCCAGUCCGCCUGGUAGACGGAAGCGUCUAAAAGACACGCUGAUUGAGUGCAGUGAACGGCUUGUGCCUGCAGUGCCUCCCGUUUUGGCAGACGCUGGUGAAAUGGAUGUGCCUCAAAUUGGCUUCGUCAAACUUCGACACGAUGUGGGUUGGAUAUGUGAGCGACAACUGCACUCGCCGUACAAGUUGUUGCUCGAGCAGGUGCAGGGCUACGCUGUGACCCGCGACUUACCCAAAUUCUAUCGUGUGCUGGUUCCGGUGUAUUUGCGCUCAGCUCCUGACUUCGAGUGUCCAAGAUUGCCCGGCGUGGCUCCUAUGACGGCCGGUACUGUGUUUGAAAGUAGUCUCCAGUAUACACCACCAGGCAGCCGCAUCACGUACAUUAAGGUGGCCAGCGCUUCACAUCCGUCAACAAAUAGUGCCUGCAAUGGGUGGCUAUUCGAUCAAACACCGAGUGGAGACCAAGUGCUGGAGGCUGUGGACGAAGACCCAGAGAAGAAGAAUGGCAAGUUCUUCUUCCGGGUUAUUAGCGAGAAGAAGGAGGUGCUUCUCUCACCCGAGCGGACGAGCGAGGUUGUGCGCUACCUGUUCGCGAACACAAUUUUCUCGGCCGAAAUGGAGUACACAUUACCACGUACGCAGGAGACGUAUGUGCGACUUACGAAAGAGAAGGGAUGGGUGGCGCUUGACGCGGCAAGACCGCGAACAGACAUCUUCACGACUCGACCAUCAUCCAGCCGCAGCAUCUUCAGCAUGCAGUCUACGAGUGAAAACGAAGACGGCCCACCACGAACUCUCGUGCGGAUAUCAGAGGAGCUGUAUAACCUCUAUUCUAUGCCGCCGAGCUGGGUCAGCAUCGGAUUCCCGAAUCGAACGUGGUUCAAGGUCCCAGACGAGAGCUGCCGUACCAUCCUGGCGGAGGAGACGAUUCUGCAGAUGUCGGUGUUCGAGUCGCGCAACAUCUUGGCGGCAAGUUCCCAGGGCCGCGACGGCGUGCCGCUCUCUCGCAAGGGCACGCUGAGCUUGGACGACGGCAACACGGUCUGGAAUUGCACCUUGGAGGAGAUCAAGCACCCGGCCAGUGCGCUGCUGUUCACGUUCCCGUGGAAACAGGUUUGGUGGGUUUUCGAGCUGGAGGGGUCGGACGAGCGGCAUUGUGUGGAGCUGCAGCACGGUCUGCGCGGCGGCUUUCGCUCUAUCCUGUUCGACGGCGAGUCGCUGCUGCAGAACCGCAGCGUGUCGGACAUGUUGUGGGACUCUGGCAGCGAGUUCACGUUCACGUGGAACGAUCACGUCUUCAAGGUGCUGAUCACGCUCGAGGGGGCCUUCUUCUCGCAGUAUCUGCAGUUCUACAGCUACACGCUGGUGGUCGACGAAGAGAACAUCGUCCCUGUGGACCAGUAA